AUGGACAGGGCCAUUCCACCCAUCAGGCAAGGUGAGCCUUAUUUUCUGACUGCUACAGAAGAAAACAUGAUUAAAAAUAAGAAGCUCGUCAAUGCAGCAUUAAGGAGACGGGACAUUCAGGAGUUUUUUAACUUAACAGGAUAUACUGAGAUGCAGGUCGAAAUUUCUGCGAUAAGCCUGGUCGCAACUGAAACGACGUUCUUGUUCUUUGGAAACAUUGCUGGGGCCCUUGCUGUUGGCUGGUUGGUGGAGAGAUUUGGCAGGAAAGGUGCGUUAGUGAUAACUAACUUUUUAAGCAUUACCUCUACUGUGGUAUUGCUUUUUUCGCGUAAGUUUAGAUUCUAUGGAUGCAUCCUCUUCACCUUCUUCUAUAGUGGAAUAUGUUCAGGAAUAACCUUCGGUGUUGUCCCACUGUAUCUUCUUGAGAUUUCCCCUAAAAGCCUGAGGGGAGGCAUAACCAUGAUGCAUCAUCUGUUUUCUUCUCUCGGUUAUCUGUUGUUUGAGAUACUUGCUCUUCAGCAACUUCUUGGGGACCCACGAGGUAUCCCAAUUCUGGCAACCUUUCCUGUAAUCAUGCCAGUACUUCAGAGUUUCAUGCUGCCCUACCUUCCUGAAAGUCCUAGGUAUCUUUUCAUCCAGAGGAAGGAUGUAGAGAGUGCAAGACAAGCACUGAAGAAGCUAAGAGAAAGGGAUGAUGUGGAGGAUGAGAUUCAAGAGCUGAAGCUAGAGGACAUCACUGAGAAGCAAGAAAAGAAUAUGAAUCCUCUAAAACUGCUGAGGACCCCAAGCCUACGACGAGAAGUGUUCCCCAUAGUUGCCUUGAUUGGUGGAGAACACCUCAAUGCCCUCAAUUCGGCAUACUAUUACUCACAAAGAAUCUACCUGGCUAUGGGAGUAGAAACAGAUAACAUCCAGCUGACUGUUAUAGGCGGAAUUGUUUUUUAUUGUUGUGCAACCGCAUUUACGGCCUAUCUCGCUGAUUCCAAGGGGCACAGGUUGAUGCUUCUCAUUGGCUUUGGAAUGAGUAUCAUUUCCUGUGUUCUGUUAACCCUGAGCCUGGAACUACAGGCCACCUUCCCAGAAAUGGUGUAUUUCAGCUCAGUUGUUGACCUCUUGUUCAUCUUUGGAGAAGGCUUAGGAACAGGUCCUAUUCCACCUGUAAUUGUGAUGGAGUUGUUUCUUCAGUCAUCUCGGUCAUCAGCCCUUGUGAUCGCAGGAAUAGUGCAUUGGUUAACAAGCUAUCUUGCAGACAUGACAACCAUUUAUGCGGAGGCAUAUAUUGGAGCCUUCAUUUUCCUUCUUUUCUGGCCUAUCUCUGUAGCCACAAUUUUUUAUAUCUUCCGGUAUGUCCCAGAAACGAAAAACAGGACCUUUGUGGGUAUCAGGAGACGCACAGCAUUGAAAAAGGCCGUGAAGAUCCACAUCCAGAAGCAGGCGGAAAAGUAGAAACUCAGGAAGCACCCCUUUUGGCAGAUUGUUUGUUUGUCUAUUAAAUAGAUUUUUAAGACUAAUGGAAGGAUUCCAAAAGAGUAGUUACUGUUAUCCUUCAACUCUUUAUGCCCAGUUGGCUAAAUUUCAAUAGUAGCAACUUCCCUCCUGGGCUGAAGACAAGACCUUCUUUUCUCAUCCCACUCCACCCCAGUUUCCUGGCUUUUUUGUGAAAGCGGGAAUAUUUCAAGAAAACAACAGACAUACGCCUCAUCGGUUGCUACCCUUCUAGACCUCUGCAGUUGUUUGUGAAUAUUGUGUGGCUGAUAUUUGGGCUGGGCUGAACUAGAUGCACCUCUGGAAUUGGCUGCAGCUCAGUUUUAUUUAUUUGUUACUGAUAUGCAGCAAUGGCAGCUUAGGAAACAGAGGCCUGUUAAGUCUGAGUCGAUUCCUGUAAGGAGAGAUGGAGAAGUGCGUAACUCAUGCUGGGGAUAACUUCUCAGGAAUGACCCUCCCGAAAUUAUUGGACUAAUACAUAUCUGCUGAACUCAGCAUAGUCAAAAUUCAUGGGAGAUGGGAGUUGGGGGUCCAACA